AGGCACUUCACUUGACCCUCUGAGUUUCUUCAGUCCCUCUAUGGUGUGACCAUGUGAGCACACACUUUCUCUUUCACUCUUUGAUCUCUGGAAACCCCCCCUAACUUUAGUACAGUCUAGAAUUCAGUUGACGCAGAUAAGUAACAGAGUAAACAACACUGGACAGAAGACCAAACAGCUGAACCAGCUCUAUUAAGACAAGAUGAAAAAGUUAUUUUUGAUGCUUUUUCUCUGUCACUUUUCAUCUGCAGUGAAACACACCCUGAGGUAUGCCGUUACUACAUUUUCUAGAGAGCAAGACUUCAUGUUUGUCGGUAUUUCAGUGGUUGAUGGCAUUGUGGCGGUUAACUGCGACAGCAUCAAACAGAAAGUGGAACCAAAACGGGACUGGAUGAAAAAAGCCUAUGAUGAAAAUCCUGAUCACUUGGAGUGGCACACCCAACAGUGUUAUUACCCCAACUUCUUCAAAACCACGAUACAUGAUUUGAAACAGCGCUUCAACCAAAGUAGAGGUGUCCACAUUCUCCAGACGAAUACUGGUUGUGAAUGAGAUGACGAGACUGGAGAGGUUACUGGUUUUAAUCAGUUUGGUUAUGAUGGAGAAGACUUAAUAUCAUUCGACCUGAAGACACUGACAUGGGUCGCUCCAAAACCACAGGCUUUCAACAUCAAAAUGAGAUGGGACGCUGACAAAACUAUGAUUCGAGGCA